CCUUUAAACUUCGCGUCAGCCUGAAAUGCUACGCAGGUAAUGAGAGGAGAAAUCCCUGUACGGUGAAAAUCGGAUAAAAUGUCUGCUCUUCGUAAGAAAUUUGGAAGCGACUAUCAGGUAGUGACCACCACAUCUUCCAGUCAUCAAAAAGACAAGAGGAGGAAGCGACAGCGAUUUGUCGACAAGAACGGACGAUGCAACGUCCAGCAUGGAAACCUGGGAGGGGAGACCAGCAGAUAUCUUUCAGACUUAUUCACGACUUUAGUAGAUCUCAAAUGGCGUUGGAACCUCUUCAUCUUCAUCCUCACGUACACAGUGGCCUGGUUAUUCAUGGCUUCGAUGUGGUGGGUUAUUGCGUACAUCAGAGGGGACCUAUACCGGGCCCACGAUGAGAAGUACACCCCGUGUGUGGCCAAUGUCUACAACUUUCCCUCUGCUUUCCUUUUCUUCAUUGAGACAGAGGCCACUAUUGGAUAUGGCCACAGAUACAUCACUGAUAAAUGUCCUGAAGGAAUCAUUCUCUUCCUGUUUCAGUCCAUCUUGGGCUCCAUAGUGGAUGCCUUUUUAAUAGGCUGUAUGUUUAUUAAGAUGUCUCAGCCCAAGAAAAGAGCAGAGACGCUGAUGUUUAGUGAGAACGCGGCCAUUUCCAUGCGCGACGGCAAACUCACGCUGAUGUUCAGGGUGGGAAAUCUGCGCAACAGCCACAUGGUUUCAGCACAGAUCCGGUGUAAGUUACUUAAGUCCCGACAGACGCCCGAGGGUGAGUUCCUCCCCCUGGAUCAGCUGGAGCUGGAUGUGGGCUUUAGCACCGGAGCGGACCAACUCUUUCUCGUGUCACCACUCACAAUCUGUCAUGUGAUCGACACCAAGAGCCCCUUUUAUGAGCUCUCACAGCGAUCCAUGCAGACGGAACAGUUCGAAAUAGUCGUGAUUUUAGAGGGUAUUGUUGAAACGACCGGCAUGACUUGUCAGGCGAGGACGUCGUACACAGAGGAUGAGGUGCUAUGGGGCCACAGAUUCUUCCCAGUCAUCUCUCUGGAGGAGGGCUUCUUUAAAGUGGAUUAUUCUCAGUUCCACGCCACGUUUGAGGUUCCCACACCUCCCUACAGUGCGAAAGAGCAGGAUGAGGCCUUGCUCAUGUCCUCUCCUCUCAUGGCCCUCUCUCUGCAACAGCAGAGAGAAGAACAGCUCCUGGACUGCCUGGAACUGCUGGAGGAUCCAGAGAGCGCGACCAAAUUACCAGCCAAGUUGCAGAAGAUGACAGGUAGAGACGGGCUACCCAGGAAGCUCCUGAGAAUGAGUUCCACCACAUCAGAAAUGACAUACAGCCUUGGCGAACUGCCCAUGAAGCUCCAACGCAUCAGUUCUGUGCCUGGGGUCUCAGAGGAAAAGCAGGUUUCCAAGACAACUAAGAUUUCCACAGAGGCCAUCAGCAAAUCGGUUGCGGACCUGCCACGAAACUGCAAAGUGGCUGGGGGAGGAGGCCGCAUGGAUGGGCAUCUGCCCCCCAAACUCCGAAAGAUGAACUCUGAUCGUUUCACAUAGAAGAAUUUGUGUUUUUCAGCUGCUGCCAAAAGGGCCCUCAUAUAAUCUGAGAUGUUAAGCAUGUAUAUAUGGAGAGAUUUAAACCAUAUAUGCAGUUCCAAUGGAGUAGAUUAAUGUAAUUCAAAACGUCUAUUCCUGUGGUAGCUUCACAUGCAGUGAACAGACUCUUUCAGGUUGCUGUUACUACAAGCACAAUCUGGUACGGAUGACACCCUCAAGUGCAUGUUAAAAUAUCUCUCUCCCUCUGAUGGCAUGACAAGCUGUACAUAUUUAUUUGCCAAGGAAAUGUUAGCAAAUAUUCAUUUUUCCAAGCCAUAUGGCGAUGUAGCGGACAGUUCCUUCUACGUGGCUAAUUAGGAGUUAUUCAAGUCACACUGUUGCUUUGUUUGCCAUACUACCUGUUAACUGAGCUUAUGUUACAAUGCAUGUUUAACUUAAAAAAGGUCAUAAAUUAAUGUUUAGACUUACCUACACUAAUUCCUUGUUUCAGUGUUUAUACAUGCUUUAUUUGGAUUUUUCCCAUGCAUGGUUGCUAACCGAUAGACCAGUAAUGCCAAUAAUCCUCUUACAGCAUAAAAACGUAAUUAGUUAAGUAAUUAUUUAGAAUAGUAAAGCUGUUGAACACAGAACAAACAUUUUUGAGAAUUAUCAAUUAAUACUUGACUGUGGUAAGCUUUUUAUGGCUUUAAUAUGUAUCGAGAGUAUUAGAAAAGGAGGGGAUAGAGAAAUCAGUUUGGAAAAGCUGGUAUAUGUCACUUCCUUUAUAACAGUUCACCCCAAAAUAUAGCCUUUUUUCUUCUCAUCUCCCUAAAGUGCUUUGAAUGCUGUCUUGCUUUAUUUUGAUGAAGAAGAUGCUUUGCAAAAAGUUGAUGCUGUACUUUUUAAAAGAAUGGAUGCAGAAAUAAAAAUAUACAAACAAACAUUGGUAUAAACACCUUUUGAGUAUGUUAACAAUUAGCAAUACAUUUGUUGCAGUAUUUAUUAUUCUUUGUUAAUGUUUUGUAACAAUAGGCUAUUUGUAAUAAUGUGUUAGUAAAAAAAUUCAAUGAUUAAUACAUGCUUUAGAAGUAUUUCUCAUGCAGUUAGUUAACAUUUCAAUAACAGUGAAAAAUACUUCUAAAGCAUUUUAUUGUAAAGUGAUACCAAACAGAUGAAUGUACACUAUAUUUAAAGCUGAAAAUACUUGACAUUACUUGAGAACAGAAUUUAAAUUUUUGGGGUUUGGGGUGCCAGUUGCAACCUGAGAACUGUAAAAAACAGUAAAUGUAAAAUUUUCAUCUUAUUAAUAGCACCCAGCAUUUUAUUUACAGAACACUCUUUUUUUUGAUGGAUAUUUUGUAAUUACACUACAUGCUGCUUCUCUGAGGUGUAUAAAUGACACACUUCACCUUGAAUACGGUACAUUUCAAUGUCUUUUUCAGCAAAUGGUUUCUAAAGUACAUUACUUGACAGGGACUUUGAAAAAUAUCUUUGGUGUGCUUUCAGGACAUUAGGGCUCAAUGUAAUCCACUCUAUUCACAUUAUUAAAUGAUUUCUUCAUAAUAAGUCAGAGGAAGAAUCAAGAAAUGAACUAUCUGAUUCUGCCUCUUCAACCCUUUAAUAACCUUGGACUUAAGUGCACCUUCUGCCUUAUUGAAAAGGAUUUAAAGGAAGGUUAAUUUUAUUCCCGCAUCGUAGCCGCCGACAUUUCUUUCAGAAUUUGAAUGUAAUGUAGGGCGUCUAUGCAGUCAGUGAAGUAGAACAGAGCAUUAGAGGCCUUGAUUGGCUGAUCCUUUAAAGUGUUGCGGUAGUGUCUGAAUCCUGUUAACGCACCCUCACUGAGCACCUCUCUCCCAAGAGAUUUUUUUUUUGCCUGAAUUGCCAUGGAGAUCCCUGCACUUUCAUCCAUUAGCCACAGCAUCAUUAAAAAAAGGGAGCUGUCAGUGUUUUACACCUGCACCCUUAUAGAUCACCACUGCCGUAUGAAAUGAACAGAUGACAGGUGGAUUGAGAUCCACUUCAGCCAGAAGCAGUGGCACUAAAUAGUCUAAUGACUAAAUAGUCACUGUGGCAG